AUUUCCCACUGGCAAUCGUCUUGAUUUCACCGUUACCUAGGUAGACGCGGAAGUUUAGUCUAGUUCCACUGCAGCCAGCCAGCCAGGUACGUAGCCAUCACCACUUAAUUGGCUGAUCUUCCAUCGCGGAAACGUCUCUUUUUUUUAAAACCUGCAAUAUCAUUUUAGUUUUUUUUUUUUUUACAGUUAGGCUAUAUACCUCUGUUUUAAGACGCAUACCGGUACAGCAAUUUUGAUCUUCACAGGGAUAGCAUUGCCUACAGUAAUUCGUAUUAGAGCAAGUACGCUAGUAUUAUUUGCACCAGGUGUUAGCUGCCAAGCUAAACUAAGCAGUCGGUUUUCAUGCCGGAUUUUGAGCAUUUCAGAUUUUCAUACUCAAGAAUGAAUCCGUUACUCGGGGAUAACGCGCUUCUGGUUCAGCAACAGCAGCAUAACCAGAUGGGGAGCCAUAUGGAUUCUUCCAUGACAGGCCUAGAUUCAUAUGGUGCACCAGACCCACCGUACGUUUUUGGGGAGCACACGAGUGGCUUUGGACAAGAUGGGAUAUCUGGGCUAGAUUUUACUACCCUGCCACCUUCGGGACUCGCGUAUCUGCACCUAAAUAACAUGCACCGAGCGCCGCCACCCCCCGCAGCUAUGGCACUGCGUAACGACUUGGGAUCAAAUAUAAGUGUUCUCAAGACACUGAAUUUGCGCUUUCGUUGCUUUUUGGCUAAAGUUCACGAACUUGAGCGUCGGAAUAAAGCUUUGGAGAAGCAGCUUCAGCAGGCUUUGGAAGACAAUGAGGACAUUUCAGGAGAAGGACACGGGAAAAGGCCAUUUACUAAGGAAAUGGGAGUCCAGACUGGUUUCGUAGGGCCCAUCGCGGUUAGGCCUGCACAUAUCCCACUACAGAACGCCAAUAACUCUGCAUACCUGCCCGGGGGCCUACUCUCUCCAUCGCUAAACAGACCUACAACUCCUUCUUUUGAGUCUCACAGCAAAUCAAUAUACAGGAACUCGACUCUGACUGACACAAAUUCCAAUCUCAAUUCCAAUCAACUACUUCCACAUAUUUCCACCAGUCCUUUAUUAACCCCUACAGAUCCCUACAAGACUGUAUCCAACAUUAACGAGAAAUAUGUCAGUUCGGGGACUGUUAUGUCAACUAACCCGCCGCCCCGGUUCCUCCCCGGCACUGUUUGGUCCUACAACCACGACCGCAGGUUUGGAGUUGGGAGGGAGUCACACAUAACCGGCACAGGUGUGCCUUGUGCCCAAACAGACGGAGUAGGUGUUCAAAUCGACACCAUCACCCCUGAAAUACGGGCCUUGUACAACGUAUUGGGCAAGGUGAAACGAGAGAGGGAUGAGUAUAAACGCAGAUGGGAGGAAGAAUACACAGUCCGAGUUGACCUCCAGGACAAAGUGGCUGAGCUUGAGGAGGACCUCCAGGAGAGCGAGGCGUGUCAGGAUGAGCUGGCCCUCAGAGUGAAACAGCUGAAGGCGGAGCUGGUACUCUUCAAAGGGCUUAUGAGCAAUAACUUGUCUGAUUUGGACAGUAAGAUCCAAGAGAAGGCCAUGAAGGUAGACAUGGACAUCUGUAGACGCAUCGACAUCACUGCUCGUCUGUGUGAUGUAGCCCAGCAGAGGAAUUGUGAAGACAUGAUCCAGAUCUUUCAGCAGAUGGCCACACCUCCAUCCACACUGACACGACGUCCCAGGAAGCAGAUGGCCCAAUCGGUUAAAGGCGGCGAUGGAGAUGACCUAUCCAGCAUCUCCGAGAGUGACAGGGGCAAGGAUGAAGAGUCUUGUAGCACCUCAGCCAAUCAGAUCAACGAGGAGAUGCAGAGGAUGCUGAACCAGCUGAGGGAGUGUGAGUUUGAGGACGACUGUGACAGCCUGGCCUGGGAGGAGACUGAGGAGACUUUACUCCUGUGGGAGGAUUUCCCAGGAUACACUCUGGGAGCAGCGGAGACCCAGGGAGAGCAGCAACAGGAAGAAUCCAUAGAGAAAGUGAUAAAGGACACAGAGUCCCUCUUCCAGACCAGAGAGAAAGAGUAUCAGGAGACCAUUGACCAGAUUGAGUUGGAGCUGGCCACAGCUAAGAGUGACAUGAACAGACACUUGCAUGAGUAUAUGGAGAUGUGUUCCAUGAAGCGAGGCCUGGAUGUGCAGAUGGAGACAUGCAGAAGACUCAUCACCCAGAGCGGAGACAGGAAGUCUCCCCUCAUUUCCACUGCAGUUGAAGACUCUGAUGAUGGUGAGGAGAGGAAAAGGGUGUCUCCGCCGGCAGACUCCGAAAGUGAUGAACCCUACUGUGACACACAGGUCAAUAGUGCUACGUCUCUCUCCAACCCUAAAUGAUAUCCGGUGGUGUUACCUUAGUCUGGAUAGUACUGUAGUUUACAUAUUUUUGCCAUGAAUUAUGUAAAACCAGACUCUUUCCAGGGCCAUCUGUUAACACUGCCCUCAUGUGGUUCAGGAAAUUAUUACACCUAUUCUGAGGAUAAAGCAUAGAUGUCUUUUGAAGGAAAUCAAUUAGAUUUCAUAACGUUAUUGGUUUUAUAUCACUUAUGCUAUGAACAGUAAUAUAUAUAUAUAUAUAUGCAUACAUUUAGCUUGUACAUUGAUCUGGCUAUUUGUAGCAAAUUCCAACCAAAAACUAUUUGCACAAAGUUUCUGUAGAAUACAUGCCUUAUGUUACAUUGCUGUUAUAGAUUUAAAACCACAGCCACAUUUUUAAGGGGCGAACAAAACAUGCACAAUUGGCAAGCUAUUUACACUGGAUGAGUAAUUAUCUACCAGUCCAUUGGGGUCAAAUAAAAUGUCAAUUUACGGUUUACUAAAGAAAAAGGGCCUUGCUGUUGGUAGCCAUUUAUGAAAAUAUUUUGUCAUACUAUGAUUUGUUCCUACCCAUGAUGUAACACUUGUAUAUUCACAAUGUCUCCCCAAUUGUUUUUUUUAUACUGAAUGUUAUGAAUAGCAUGCAGUUUACAUUUUACAACAUUUGUAUUUUUAUUUGAUAUUUUAUUUAGUUAUAUAUAAAUGCCCUUAUUUGAUUACCUUUUUCAUUCAUCAUUGAAAUGUAGAUAAAUAACUUAUUUUUAAUGGUAUUUAUUUAUCUAGGCUAUUUUCUAUUAAAUAUUGCUAUAUUGAAAGUAUGAUUGUUUUUUAUAAGAAAUGCCCAGGAUAACAUUAUGCAGUUUUGCAAGGACAAUUCCCAAAAAAUGCCUUUGGUAUAAGUAUUAUUGAAAGUUUAAAGAAAAACACUUCGUUUUCACUGUCAUGCAUAGUGCAUGUGAACCCAAACGAUAUGCAGGUAGGAGCAAAAACCCCUGGGUAAUGUCAAGCUUAAUGCCUAUAUAAACAUUUCCCAUGAAAGCACACACUCAAUGUAAGUUAACCAAUCCCUAGCUGGCAGGGAUUUCAUCCUGACCUCCAUAUUAUUUUGAAGCUCUCUAGGGUUAAACGACAGAAUAGAGAAGGUACCAUGGUAGAUGUGGGUUCUUUUCAGGACAGCAUAGGGCUUGAAUAACUGCUUUAAGACAGUUCAGAGGCAUGGGAACUGAGACAGGUUUUAUGUAGCGUGUCACAUUCAUUAAAUUAACACAUUUUGGACCGACCAUAAAAGUGUGUUUAACUAGUCAUUCCAUGCCUUGUGAGAUAUCUGGAGUUGUCUUUUGUUCUGUGGAUGUUGCGCAGUUUAAUUGCCCUUGAACAUACUAAUGUCAGUAAUGUUAACAACAAACGUACAACAACCGUCAUGCCAUUUCAUAUACUUUGUUAUUGAUGUUGGAAAGCAUAUUGUAAAAGUGUUCAGUCCACAUUUGACAGUUUGUAAAUCUCUGCAUAUAAAUCUUAGUAAGUAACAGUUAUGGUAAGGCUGUAUAGAAAUGCAAACAUAUUUGACCUGACUAGCUGGUAAUGAAUGUAAAUAAUGUACAGAAAACAAAGCCAUGUAAGAGAUUCAUAGAAGGCAAGAUGGAGAUUUCAGAUGGUAUGGCAGAAAAGGUGGCUAUGUCAUUGAGUGUCUUUGGGGUUUGUAUGGAUACAAAAAGGAUAGUGUCUGUGUUGGUGUGCAUGUUUGUACCUUUGUGUCUGUCUUGAGCUGUCUAUGAGCAUUCCUGGAAUUGUUUCCUAGUUUACUUGUUCAACUCUCUCGACAUUGAAAAUAUAUUAUUAUUGUUAUUACAGGAUGUGGAUUCCUGAUAAAUGUACAGGAAGAAGAAAAGAAAAAACAGCAAAAGCACUUUGAAACAAGUUUUAUUUCAAUAGCCACUAUUAGUCUACAGUCCCAUACCUAGUCAUGCAACUGUGUACAGAAGCUGCUCAACAUAUAUCAAUUAAAUCUGCAACACAAAUAUACUAGUAACAGCGUGGUAGUACUACAUCUACUGUGUGUGGUCAAUGAGUUGAACAUUACUGUUCCAGUCUCAGGUAAAUUAUAUCUGUCAAAGUGAUGGUAAUAUGGAGGAUUUAUUCAUACAGCUUUUGUCAAAUAGCCACAUUGUAAAGGAAAAUCAUUAAUAUGGGUUAGCACGCAAAAGCCUGUACUGUGUUAUGACCUAUUUAUUUUAUCUGGCACUGUGUUUGCAUUAUGUAGUGUAUCUGUGUAACUGAACAAUGUUUCUGAAAACAAAGGGAAACAAUUUCACUAUGUAUUAAUGGAAAUGGUGAACAGAAUAAAAGUGCUGAAAAGAGA